AUGGACGUGGAGAGGUCGUCGUUGUGCAAUUGCGUUGUGAAUUUUCUGCUGGAGGAGAACUACUUGCUCACGGCGUUCGAGCUGCUCCAUGAGCUUCUCGACGAUGGCAGAGACAACCAGGCCAUUCGACUCAAGGACUUCUUCGCUGACUCUUCUCAAUUCCCACCCGAUCAGAUCUCUCGCUUCAACUCUAUUCGAGUUGCAGAUCCUCAAAGUUUGCUAGAAGAGAAAGAAGCAGUAGAAGAAAAAUUAGCAAUUAGUGAAUAUGAACUUCGUUUAGCCCAAGAGGACAUUUUGAAACUGAAGACUGAAUUGCAGAAGAAAGCUGAAUCACCUGUAAAUGAAUCAAGAGGUUCAAAUUCCAGUGUUUCUGUAAAUAAUGGACCAGAAUUUCAGCGGCAAAAGAGAGAUGUUUCCUUCUCUCAUUUGGGUCCAUUGAAAGAUAAUGAACGCAGAGAUCUUAACUGUGCUGUAAAAGAAUAUUUGCUUAUAGCAGGGUACCGGCUUACUGCAAUGACGUUUUUUGAGGAGGUCACAGACCAGAAUCUAGAUGUUUGGCAGGACUCACCUGCAUGCGUGCCAGAUGCUUUGCGCCAUUAUUAUUAUCAGUAUCUUUCGUCCACUACAGAGGCUGCUGAGGAGAAAAUUACCAUGCUACGAGAAAAUGAUUCGUUAUCGAAAGAAAAAGAGACUUUGUAUCAUGAAAAGCUGUGCUUGCUUAAAAACAAAGAUUUGGCUGAAGGUCAAAUCAGUACACUAAACAAAUCAUUGGAAGGUCUGCAGAAGGACCUUAAAGAUAAAGAGAACCUUGUACAGAAUUUGAAGCAGUCCCUGGAGCACCAAAGGAAGGAGCUCAAUGAUUGUAGAGCCGAAAUCACUGCUUUGAAAAUGCAUAUUGAAGGAUAUUGUUCUGGACGGAAUACGGUAGCUGCUGAUGCUGAUCAUGUCCAAUCCCUGUCCUUGGAAAGAUACAAGGAAGAAGUAAAAUCACUGCAGAUGGAACUAGAAAGUUUAAAAUCCAAACACGCAAAAGCUCCUGAUUUUUCAGAUUCCACUAAUUCUGAGAAAGAGUCUGUGCAAAUGGAAGAAAAAGUCGUUGUCAUGGAUGAAGAUAAAAGUCUAAUCUCGCAUCCAGUUGAUGUAGUAUCAAGAGUUGUGGAAAAGGAAGAUGAUCAAUCUCUGCCUGCUCAAACUUUUGAUGACAAUAUAGUUACACCUAAGGAAAUUCCACAAGAGUUUCCAGUGGCUCCUUUGAAUGAUAGCAGUACCUUGGUCAAUGAUGAAAGUGUCUCCAAACAAAAUAAUGAACCAUCAUCAGGCGGAAGGCUACAUCUAACGUCAGAGGAUCUUAGUGCUGGAAUUGUUUCCGAGAAAAGGGGCCUAGAGACCAUUCAGAUCCUUGCUGAUGCUUUGCCCAAGAUUGUUCCUUAUGUUUUGAUCAACCAUCGUGAGGAGCUUCUUCCCCUGAUCAUGUGUGCGAUUGAGCGCCAUCCAGAUAGUAGCACUCGAGAUUCCUUGACCCACACGUUGUUUAAUCUAAUCAAACGUCCAGAUGAGCAACAAAGAAGAAUUAUAAUGGAUGCAUGUGUUACCCUUGCUAAGAAUGUAGGAGAGAUGAGAACAGAAACAGAAUUGCUUCCCCAGUGUUGGGAACAAAUAAAUCAUAUGUAUGAGGAGCGCAGGCUGCUAGUUGCUCAAUCAUGUGGACAGCUUGCAGAAUUUGUCCGGCCUGAGAUUCGUGAUUCUCUUAUUUUGUCUAUUGUUCAGCAACUCAUAGAAGAUUCUGCAACUGUUGUCCGGGAGGCUGCUGCACAUAAUCUUGCAUUGCUGCUUCCACUCUUUCCAAACAUGGACAAAUAUUUCAAGGUUGAGGAUUUGAUGUUCCAAUUGGUAUGUGAUCCUUCUGGAGUGGUGGUGGAAACUACACUUAAGCAGUUAGUUCCUGCAGUAAACAACUGGGGAAACAAAUUAGACCAUAUUUUAAGAGUUCUACUCUCUCAUAUAUCAAGCUCUGCUCAGCGUUGUCCUCCCCUUUCGGGCGUUGAAGGGUCCGUGGAGUCACAUCUUCGUGUUUUAGGUGAACGAGAACGCUGGAAUGUUGACGUUCUACUACGGAUGCUAAUGGAAAUGCUUCCUUUUGUGUACCAGAAAGCAAUUGAGAUGUGCCCAAUUGCUUCUGAUCCGGAAACAACUGGGACAAUAUUUUCUACAUCUUUCCUUGAAUUGUAUGCAAGGGGACAUGCUCAAUUGCCUGCAUUUGAGUGGCUGCAUGUCGACUGUUUUCCUGCUUUGAUACAGCUUGCCUGCUUGUUACCUCCAAAAGAAGAUAGUUUGCGAAACCGAACCACCAAGUUCUUGUUGGCUGUAUCAGAGCACUAUGGGGAUUCUUAUUUGACACACAUAAUGCUGCCUGUAUUCCUGGUAGCCACUGGGGAUGACGCUGAGUUGACAUUUUUCCCAUCUGCAAUCCAUUCCAGAAUCGAAGGUUUGAGACCAGGAACGUCUGUGGCUAAGAGACUGGCUACUAUGUGUGUCCUACCUCUUCUCUUAGCUGGUGUUUUGGGUGCCCCUAGUAAGCAUGAGCAGUUAGUGGAGUACCUAAGAAAGCUUUUAGUUGAAGGUGUGACAAAUCAGUCUACAAAGUGCAAUGCUGAGAUUGUUGAUGCUGUUCGCUUCCUUUGCACUUUUGAAGAUCAUCAUGGUAUGAUAUUUAACUUACUAUGGGAAAUGGUUGUCAGCUCCAAUAUAGAUAUGAAGAUCAAUGCUGCCAAUCUGUUGAAAGUCAUUGUUCCAUAUAUCGAUGCAAAAGUUGCAUCUACUCAUAUUUUGCCUGCCCUAGUUACUUUGGGCUCUGACCAAAACCUGAGUGUGAAGUAUGCAAGCAUAGAUGCCUUUGGAGCUGUGGCCCAACAUUUUAAAAAUGAUAUGAUUGUUGAUAAGAUACGUGUUCAAAUGGAUGCAUUUCUUGAAGAUGGAUCACAUGAAGCUACCAUUGCUGUGGUUCGUGCAUUGGUGGUUGCUAUUUUUCAACUUACAGCCACUCCGCCUGCAAGUGACUUGAUGCGCCGUCGUGAGAGAGCCAAUGCAUUUUGUGAAGCAAUUCGUGCUUUGGAUGCAACAGAUGUUUCAGCAAAUAGUGUACGGGAUUUCCUCCUGCCUGCCAUACAGAACUUGUUGAGAGACUAUGAUGCGCUGGAUCCUGCACACAAGGAAGCCCUUGAAAUUAUAAUGAAGGAGAGAUCUGGUGGAACUUUUGAUACUAUCAGUAAGGUGAUGGGGGCUGGGCUUGCAUCAUCUGUGACUAGUUUCUUUGGUGAAGGUGGGUUACUGGGCAAGAAAGAAAAUGUUGAUCUACCGCCAGAGCCAGUUGAGUCUCCGAAGGCUGCACCAAUGCCACCAGUCGAAGACACUAGGUUAAGGCGCAUCAUGCGUGGACAUUUCACUGACAUGCUCAGAGGCAAAGCAAAGGGCGAUGAAACUUAG